AAAGCACGAAGAAAGACAGACAACUGGAGCUCUCCUACGAUGUUGACCAUGAGAGUGCAGAUGGAUGUGAACUGCUGUAAAUCAGUAGGAACGGAUCUGUCCAUGCUGGAUAUUGAGGAUUUCAUCACUGAAAUCUGUCAGCUGAAGAAAGAGGUGGCGUCACUGGAGGCAAAGCUGAGAGAAAGAGGAGACAAACCUGACAGAGAGGAUACUGAUGCUCAGGAUCAUGGAUCCGCUGAUCAAACCUCUGACUGCAACGCUGGAGAGCAGCAGAUGAAGAUGUGCUCCGUCAAACUGGAGAACUGCAGGAACCUGAUAGAGAGACGAGAAGAAGAAACCACAGCAGAGGAACAACAACAGAGCCAUGAGGAGGAGGAAGAUGACAUUGAUUAUGAUAAGGAUGAAGGGACUGAAGCUCAGGAUUCGCUGUGGAGUGUCGGUGAUCAAAGAUCCAGAGACUCAGAAUGCAGCCUCACUUUACUGUGUUAUACUGACGCUCAGGAUCAUGGAUCCGCUGAUCAAACCUCUGACUGUAACGCUGGAGAACUACAGAUGAAGAUGUGCUUCGUCAAACUGGAGGACUGCAGGAACCUGAUAGAGAGACGAGGAGAAGAAACCACAGCAGAGGAACAACAACAACAGAGCUUUAAGGAGGAGGAGGAGGAUGAAGAGGAUGAGGUUCAGAAUAAUGAUGAUGUUGAUGAUGAUGAAGAUUUUGAUCCUUCAGAUGACAACGCUGGUUCAUGUUCUGAUGGAGAAACUGCCUCUACAUCCAAAGAGCGACUGACAGUGACCGACAGUGGAAAAACAUUCAGCAAAAAGAAACGUUUAGCGAGACGUAAGAGAAUACGCACAGAACAGAAAGAGUUCACCUGCAAGAUAUGUGACAUCAGCUUUUCUACCUCAAACGAGAGGAGACGUCAUUCAAAACAGCACAAGAAUUUUCAUUGUGAUCAGUGUGGGAAGAAAUGUAAUUCCUCUUCUAGUUUCUACCGUCAUAAGGCGUCUCACAAUGAAGACCAAAGUCAGGAAAAGCUGCACCAGUGCCCUCAAUGUGAGAAGAGCUUCACCCAGGGAUGGAUUCUGAAAAACCAUCUACUCGUGCACAGCGAUGAGAGGCCGUACAAGUGCGAUGAAUGUGAGAAGAGUUUCAAACAGAAGGGCCAUCUGAAGAGCCAUCUACUCACACACACCAAUGAGAGGCCAUUCAAGUGUCCUCACUGCGAGAAUAGCUUCCACCAGGCAUCCCAUCUGAGGAGCCAUCUACUUAUACACACCAAUGAGAAGCCAUUUCAGUGCCCUCAAUGUGAGAAGAGCUUCAGAGAUGGAUCUCAUCUAAGGAGACAUCUAUUAAGGCACACCAAUGAAGAGGCAGACCAGAAGAGCACACGCAUCAAUGAGAGCCUGUACAAGUGCCCUCACUGUAAGAAGAGCAUGAAAUACGAAAUCAGUCUGAAGAAACAUCUACUCAUGCACAGCAACGACAGGCCAUACAAGUGCGGUAAAUGUGAGAAAACCUUUACAAUGCCAAAAUCUCUGAAGGAACACCAAAAAAUACACGCUGAAGUCAAACCGUACCAGUGUUCUCACUGUGAGAAACGUUUCCAUCAUUCGACGCACCGGAAAACCCAUGAGAGGAUUCACACCGGAGAGAAACCGUACCUGUGCUCCUUCUGCGGGAAGAGCUUUGCUAGUCCGUUUUCUUUCAAAGUUCAUCAUAGAAUUCACACUGGAGAAAGACCUUAUCACUGUAGUUAUUGUGGGAAGGGAUUUUACAAGCCAAGCGACUUAAAAAUGCACAAGCGUGUUCAUACAGGAGAAAAACCUUUUAAAUGCUCACAUUGUGACAAGACUUUUGCUCGAUCAAAUGCCGUGAAGGUCCAUGAACGAAUGCAUACAGGAGAGAAACCUUACCGCUGCUCCAUCUGUGGCGAGAGAUUCUCUUUUAAAUGGGGGUUUAAGACUCACCAGAAGAAACACGCUGCUCCAGAGUCAUCAUAGCUUCAUCUUGUAAUCCUUUUUAGCUUGUGUAAAAAAACACCUUGCAGUGUCGUAGGAACGUAAUUUCA